AUGGUGUCCAUCAGCAUUGAGAACCCUUUGGCUUUUGGUGCUGGCCUUCUCGGAAAUAUUUUAUCAUUCUUGGUGGCCUUAACGCCAAUGACUACAUUCUAUAAGGUGUACCGGAAGAAGUCUACUGGUUCCUUCCAAUCAACGCCAUAUGUGGUUGCUUUGUCCAGUGCAAUGUUGUGGCUCUACUAUGCCUUUCUUAACCAUAACGUGCUCCUGCUCACCAUCAACACAUGCACAUGUGCCCUUGAAUCUGUCUACAUAGCCAUUUACCUUUUCUAUGCUUCCAAGAAAAUAAGGCUUUCAACCGUCAAGAUGAUAUUCUUCUUCAACGUUGGCCUGUUUGGUUCGGUCUUGCUCAUCACACUUGGUUUUCUAAAUGAGAGAAAGCGUUCCGAAAUCACUGGUUGGAUUUGUGCUUCCUUUGCCGUCGCAGUGUUUGUUGCUCCUUUAAGCAUCAUGAGGCUGGUGAUAAGAACAAAAAGCGUGGAAUAUAUGCCAUUUUCACUCUCCCUCUUUCUCACUCUUAGUGCAAUUGCAUGGUUCUUUUAUGGGCUUCUUCUAAGGGAUUUCUUUGUAGCGUUACCAAAUGUUCUUGGGAUUUUAUUCGGAGUUGCACAAAUAAUUUUAUAUUUCAUCUACAUGGAUGUGAAGAACGACAGAUUAGAACAGAAUACAAACCAAGAUAUUGAAGUAGAGAAUAUUACAAAUUCAAAUUUGGAUUUGGAAAUGGCUGAGAAACACAUUCCCAUAGAUCAAUCUGUGGCUAUUGAACAUGCAAUACCAGCAGAUGUUAAAGCUGAUUUUGCUGCUGUUUUCCCCGAGAAAGGCAUCCAUACAAAUAUUCCCAUUGCUAAUGCUGAUGAUGUCAUACUAGCAAUACUUAUUCUAUGA